AUGUCUAAACCCCAUGCGUACGCCUUCAUCCCUCGCAAGCCGGUGCCGCCGGAGCCGGAACUCGACCACCUCAGCCUCCACCGGACCCUGACCCGGUCUCGGUCGAGCCUGUGGCGGGGAUGGAGCCCAGGACUCCCUUCUUUCUCGGAGUACGAGCGCACGGCGUACAAAUUCCCCUGGCUCCAGGACCCCGACAAUCUCUACUCCCGCGACAACCUGGGGAGCAGACACCCCGACAUCAUCCUCGAGCACCCGGGCCCCACGGAUCGUUCUCACUUGCUCUCCUGCGACGACAGCGCGCAGGCCGGUCCCUCUAUGAUCCCCCCCGAAGAGAAAUCCGUGCAUGAGCACGGCAUCAACUCUGAUGAUCCCGAGGAUCCGAAUCUUGUGACGUGGUCUGGGCCCUCGGACCCGAUGAACCCCAAGAACUGGCCGAAGUACAAGAAAUGGACGGCUACCAUUCUCGUUUCUUGCUUCACUUUCAUCUCACCGGUAUCCUCGACAAUGCUGGCCCCGGCGCUAGACACAAUCGCAGAUGAUUUCGACGUCAAGUCUGAUAUCGAGACUUACCUCUUGAUGUCCAUCUUUCUCCUCGCCUAUGCCGUAGGCCCUUUCGUUCUCGCGCCAUUAUCAGAGAUGUACGGCAGGGUCGUGGUGCUUCAAUCAGCCAACAUGUUCUAUCUCAUCUUCAACACCGUAUGUGGGUUUUCUGCCUCGAAAGAGCAGAUGCUGGCAUUUCGGUUCCUUAGUGGCUUAGGCGGAAGUGCUCCUCAAGCGCUUGGAGGUGGUGUCUUGAGUGACUGUUGGAGGGCGGAAGAAAGAGGGACGGCGACCGCGAUCUACAGCCUCGCUCCCUUCCUCGGACCGGCGGUUGGGCCGAUAGCCGCUGGAUAUCUCACGCAGUAUCUGUCAUGGCGCUGGAUCUUCUGGACAGUCUCCAUCGCCGACGCCGUCGUCCAGAUCCUGGCUUUUCUGUUCUUGUCGGAAACGUACGCCCCCAAGAUUCUAGCGACAAAAGCAAAGGGUCUUCGUAAAGCCACGGGCAAUAAUGAUUUGCGUACCGAAUACGAGCGACCGGAUAGAACGUUCGGCCAGACGCUGCGGAAGAACUUGAUCAGGCCGUUCAGAAUGCUUUUCACGCAGCCCGCGUUACAGAUUACCGCACUUUACAGAGCCUACCUAUACGGAUUGAUGUAUCUUGUGCUUGCCUCGUUUCCUUUCGUUUGGAGCGAGCAAUAUGACCAAGAACCCGGACCAGCAAGUUUGAACUACAUCUCUCUGGGUGUGGGCUUCGUGAUUGGGCUGCAGAUAUCCGGGCCUCUCAUCGACAAGGUUUACCGCAAACUCAAGUCCCAAAACAACGAUAUCGGUCUCCCCGAGUUCAGAAUCCCGCUCAUGUUCCCAACCGCCGUCGUAACACCCAUUGGUCUCCUCCUCUACGGCAUCGCAGCACAUUUCAAGGUCCAUUGGAUCGUCCCCAACAUUGGUGCUGGCAUCUUAGCUGCGGGACUGAUUCUUUCGUUUCAGUGCGUUCAGACGUAUGUCAUAGACUCGUACGAGAAAUAUGCCGCCAGUGCUGCGGGCGCGGCGGCUUUCGUGCGGACCAUGGCUGGAUUCAGCUUUCCACUCUUUGCGCCACGGCUGUAUGAUGCGUUGGGGAUUGCGUGGGGAAACGGACUUCUAGCUGGUAUUGUGCUGGUCAUGGGGAUUGUUGUGCCGGCUGUCAUGUGGAAAUGGGGCGGUUGGCUUCGUGGUAGAAGUCAGUACUGUACUGGUUGA